AUGCCCUUUGGUCAGCCGAUGGCUGAAUUUGGUGGCGCAGGAAAUGGUGGUUGGGUCCACAGCGUCAGUUUUUCCGCCAGUGGCAACCGCCUGGCCUGGGUCAGCCAUGAGAGCACUGUGUCGGUUGCAGAUGCCUCCAAAAACAUGAUGAUCUCUCAAUUGAAAACAGAAUUCCUCCUAUUGCUGAGUGUGUCGUUUAUCUCGGAGAACAGUGUGGUUGCUGCUGGCCAUGUUUGCUGCCCAAUGCUCUUCAACUGUAACGGCCGUGGUACCCUGACCUUUGUCUCCAAGCUGGACAUUCCCAAGCAGAGCGUACAACGCAAUAUUUCGGCCAUGGAACGUUUCCGCAACAUGGACAAGAGAGCCACUACGGAAGAUCUCAACUCUACUCUGGAGACGCUGCAUCAGAACAGCAUCACCCAAGUGUCUAUUUAUGAGGUGGACAACGAGAUUCCGCAAGUUCUGCACCACUGGUAUUGA